UGUUGAUAGAGAUGCAAACAGGAAACCAGUUUGGCGGCAAACAGAAUUUAUUCAAGUUAACCGCUCUCUUCGGAACGCAACACCUACUUGUGACGCUCAACAAGCCAAGCUCACUUUGUGUACAGAGAAAAGGCUGUCAUGGGCGUGGCUUGCAUAAGGACCUCGUCUCCGCGUCUCUGACGUCACGAGAUGUAAAUUAGAGUGAUAGCGGCGGUACAACAUGGCUGCAGCGCGUGGAGUGUGGAUCAGAUGAAGAGUGGCUUGGAUGAAACUUGAAACAUUAUCUCACUGUUGCACUCUGUGGACAAAUAAAACUGGGUGUUAAACCUUUAUGUAUCAAGCUGUGUGUGCGGUUCCAACACUGAAAAUCAGAGAUUCUAGAGAGACCCUGCCAGAUAUCCAGGGAACAUCUGUACCAUCAAAAGAAACGUCUGCAUUGUGUGUGCAGGACGUUGUCAUAGCUCUGGUUAAUUCCAUCCAAUGUCAUUUUAUUUUAAUACUGGUGUGGGUAACUUUUUAACUGGCUGGGCACAUAAAGAUCUGGUUUAUCAAGGCAGUAGUUGAGGUAUAUGCUUCAUUUAUCAGUUGUAAACAAUAUCUUAAUAGAAUAUACUUUUGUUUAAAAUGAGCAGUACAGAUCACCCAAGGCACUGUGGCCAUAUAAAUUGGAUCUGUUAUCCUUUAAGGUCAAGUGAUGACAAGGUUUUUGUGUUUAUAACCUGCACGGAUGAAAAAAAAAAUGUUUGCUUCUCAGCUCUACUACAGGUUAUAUAAUAGCUUUGGGGUUGUAGCGAAACAUGAAGCAGUUUUGGGUGGCUUGUCAUAUAAGUGGAUGCUACAGGGAUGAUUAAUCAAUUCUGAUGCCAAUUAAAUUAAUUAUAAAUCAGCCUUAUAUUGUGACAUUUAUAUUCUAUAUAUACAGUAUGAGUGUGAACCGGCUCCUAAGAUAACUGACAGGAUCACAAAGCAUGUUCAGUGAAUCAGCAGAAUUCCACCGCUUCUCCUUUGCCAUUCAGUCUCUGUAUUGGCAUCCAGUACCCUCACAUUUAAAGCAGUCCCUAAGCCCCACUCUGCAUCUCUGAACUUGCCUCUAGAUACAUUCAAGGCUUUGCAAGACGUGCACCCCUUCUGAAUUUCUUUCCUACAUUUUGCUUAUCUCCCAAAUCAAAAGGUCUCUUAUAACACAAUUUCUUUAAAAAAGCUGAGGCUAGGGAGGGAGCUUUGUCAUCACAAUUUUUUUUUUUAAAAAAAAAAGCGAGUUUCGGCCACAAGACGAUUGUCUUUUUGCAAACAAAGAUUUCCGACAACUUUGGCUUCCGAGCGAUUUUCAUCCCAUAGUGCACCAUGGUGCUUUCUGACGUUCUGGACGUUCUUCAACAAGAUCAAUGAGCCUAUCUGUGUCAAAGAAAUGCUUUAAAAAAGCUUGGUGUGUACCAUGCCUUGCUUCCAUCGAAACGUUGCAGGAGUUCUGCCGAAAAGAAAUGCUCACUUGUACAAGCAUUGGAAUUACCAAGAAAAAUCUAAAUAAUUAUGAAGUAGAAUAUCUAUGCGACUACAGGAUUGAAAAGGGUGUGGAAAAAUUUCUUGUGAAGUGGAAGGGAUGGCCAGAGUCUUCAAAUUCGUGGGAGCCUACAAGAAACUUGAAAUGCCCUACACUCCUAAAACAGUUUUACAGUGAUCUUUAUAAGUAUUUCUAUGCACUUAAACCAAAUAAAAAAGGGGUCAUAAAAAAUAAUAUUAAGUCUUUGGACCCUUCUCUUUCUGACUAUAUAGUCAAAAAAGCUAAACAGAGGAUUGUUCUACGGCGCUGGGAAGAAGAGCUGAACAGGAAAAAAUCCCAUAGUGGUAUGCUCUUUGUUGAAAAUGUUGUUGAUUUAGAAGGUCCUCCUAUAGACUUUUACUAUAUCAACGAUUACAAGGCCUCUCCUGGAGUAAACACAUUGGGUGAAGCCAUUGUUGGCUGUGAAUGCUCGGACUGCUUUAAAGGCAAAUGUUGUCCCACAGAAGCAGGAGUCCUCUUUGCAUAUAAUGAACACAAGCAGAUAAAAAUCCCACCGGGAAGACCAAUUUAUGAAUGCAAUUCAAGAUGCAAAUGUGGUCCUGAUUGUCCUAACCGGGUGGUGCAAAAGGGACCACCUUAUUCUUUAUGCAUCUUUAGGACAGACAAUGGCCGUGGUUGGGGCGUGAGGACACUCCAGAAAAUAAAGAAAAAUAGUUUUGUGAUGGAAUAUGUUGGGGAGGUAAUAACAAGUGAGGAGGCAGAGAGAAGGGGCCAACAGUAUGACAGCAGAGGAAUUACAUAUCUCUUUGAUUUAGACUAUGAGGCAGAUGAGUUUACAGUGGAUGCAGCUCGAUAUGGAAACGUCUCACAUUUUGUGAAUCACAGUUGUGAUCCAAAUCUUCAGGUAUUUAAUGUCUUUAUUGACAAUCUUGAUGUACGUCUUCCGCGUAUUGCAUUAUUUUCAACAAGGAGUAUCAAGGCCGGAGAAGAACUUACAUUUGAUUACCAAAUGAAAGGUUCUGGUGACCUCAGCACAGAUUCUAUUGAUAUGAGCCCUGCCAAGAAAAGAGUGAGGAUAGCCUGCAGAUGUGGAGCUGCCACCUGUCGUGGCUUCCUUAACUAACCUUUUUUCUGCUUCACCCCCCAUUAAAUGUUUUGCUAUGCUGUUUUUAACUGAAAUGCAAUAAUUGCUUAGUUUGUGGGUUUUCACUUUACAAAAUAAAUUUUAAUGCCAAUUUUUAAACCCCUUUACUCUCUUACGUUGAAGUCAGGUGUUAGUUGUAAAUAAAAUAUGUAUUUAUUAAGUGCAAAAAUCAGUUUAGAGAUUGUUUAUGAAUCCUUAAUGUGUAGAACAAGAAAACAAGGUUUUGGAUGCAGCAAAGUUCAAACGUUGCUUUUUCUGUGAUUUUUGCAGCAGUGCCCAGUUUUGCUUAUUGUUGUGCUACAAAAAGUAUGAACAAAAGCUAAAAUUUCAACAGCUGUCUGACCAAUUUUUGAGCAUAUUGACUAUUGCUUCCCCCCCCCCCCCUCAAAUCUGGUAUCAAAAUGCCUAGCUAUGUUAUUUUUUUGCCUAGUAAUGCAUUUAUGUACCUGUUAGGAAAGUGUGGAAUUGUUUCUAAUGCUAAAAUCAUUUGAAAAUGGACUGGUGCUUUCAAGAUGUUACAUUUGUAGCAAGAAUAAAUACAACAGGCACAACUCCCAACAUUGCUUGCUGUGCCUUUACCCUUAGUUGCUAAUUAUCUCAUGAGUAGUAGUAUAUGAUGAGAAAUAGCUUUGCUUUCUAUGGCCAUAUAAUGAGUGAUUUUUUUCCCAGACAAAACCGUGACACCUCUUCAUAGUCUACUAAAAAGGAGUUCUCGUCUGACAUAAGCUUUUUUUUCUUGGUUUGGUACAUCCCAAGUGAACUUCUUAUUUUGCUGGUUGUAGACACGAUAGACACGUGUGAAAGAAAUUUAAACUUUUUCAAAAGAAUCGGUCCUUGUGAAUUGCUGCUAGAGCAAGGUUGUGCUAUUUGGGUAGGGUAGUAAUAUCGUUUGUAAGUAAGUGACUGCUGUUUUGCUGCUCAAACAUGAUUGGCAUUUAUUUGAUCAUGGUAUUUUAACGUUUUCUUCUCUUCCCCCAUCUGUACCUAACCAAAGGACUUGUUUUAAAUGGCUGAAUUAAAUUAUGGAUGCACAGUAGCAUUCCCUCCACUGACCUCUUUGGAUGGCAUCAGUUUAUUAUCUGGUCCCCUGAAGUGCAAUAUAGUAAAUCUUUUCUAAAAUGCCUUGAUGAAAUAAUUCCCAAUCUAGUGUCAGAUUACUUUUAAAGUAAAUACACAAAAAAAAUAUUGCAGGUCAAAAUAUUGAUGUUUCUUCUGUAUUGUUGAUUUCUAAGCCUUCCUUGUUGAUUAAAUUUAACACAUUGCUUGA